AUGCCGACGCUGCAUGUGGGGCUUGUCGGAUAUGGCCUUGUCGGGCAGGAGCUAGUUGGACAGAUGUGCGCUGCAGCACCGAAGCUGGAGAAAGAGAUCGGCGUCCGCAUCGAAAUCGCAGCGGUGUCUCGAUCGCGUACCAUGGCUCUGCUCCCGGCUGGCACGGCAAGUUUGACAGAAUGGCCGAAAAGCCAGGAGGAGGAGGCAGACUUGAAGAAGCUCGGCCAGCAUGUUGUCGACUUGGCCGCAGCGAGCGGUGGCCGUGCCCUGAUCGUAGACAACACAGCCUCUGAUACGCCUGCCGAGCUCUAUGAGGCAUGGCUUCUCGCCGGAGCAGAUGUUGCAACGCCCAACAAGCGCGCAGGGAGUGGGCCAAUGUCCCGCUACGAGAAGAUCAUGGAGGCGUCUCGCCAGACCGGCGCACGCUUCUUGUAUGAGGCCACUGUUGGCGCCGGGCUCCCGGUGGUGGGCCCGCUCCAGGCCUUGCUCAGGGCAGGCGAUGAGGUGGACACUGUCGAAGGUAUCUUCAGUGGGACCCUGUCCUACAUCUUCAACACGUGGAAGCCCGGCGUGAAGUUCUCCGACGUGGUGAAGGAGGCAAAGGACAAAGGCUUCACGGAGCCCGACCCUAGAGACGACUUGGGCGGAACUGACGUGCAGCGAAAGGUGACCAUCCUAGCAAGAGAGAUCGGGCUGAAGAUCGAGCUCGAUGACGUGCCGGUCAAGUCUCUGGUCCCGGAGAAGCUUCAAACAUGGGAAGCACCUGCCGACAAGAAGCUUGGGGAUGCUUUCGUAGAGGAGUUGGCGGCAUAUGAUGAUGAGAUGGACGCCCUUCUGGAAGAGGCGGAGAAAGCAAAUGAGGUGCUCCGGUUCGUUGGAUCCGUGGACGUUAAGUCUGGCAAGGCUUCCGUGAAGCUUGGCAGAUAUCCCAAGGACCACCCUUUCGCUUCCACCCAGUUUGCCGACAACAUCUGCGCAGUUUCCUCGAAGUGGUAUACCCCUCGGCCUCUUGUUGUUCAAGGUCCCGGUGCUGGUGCUGCCGUCACCGCCGCAGGCGUGUUCAGCAACAUCAUGGAGGUGAUGAAUGGCAUGCGCUGA